AUGGCAACUUUUUCAUCAAAAUCCAAUAAAAGAUCCAUCAGUUUGCCAAGCAGAUCACAUCCAGCUACUGAGAAUAUUGAAGAGGAGCUUACCAAGCUUAAAACUUGGGAAUUCUCUGCUUCACCAACUGCAGAAGCUGUUUAUAAUGGUCUUGUAGGUUUUGGGGAGGUGCAUAGGUGUAUGGGUGAUCUUUUAAACUUGCCCUCGACUCUUCAAGCCCUUUCCCAGUGUCAAAACAAGAAAUGGGUCGAUGAAAUCUUGGAUAAAUCUGUCAGAUUUCUUGAUAUUUGUGGCACAACAAGGGAGCUCGUGUCGCAAUUAGAAGAAAAUGUUAAAGAUGUUCAGUCUUCACUGAGGAGGAGAAAAGGAGAUUUAAGCAUCAACAACUACACCACAUUCAGGAAGAAAAUGAAGAAAGAAGCCAAAAGUUUGAUUACAGCUUUGAAAAGAAUGGAUCAUGAGGAAGUUGUUGAUGUAAUGGAAAUUGAUGAUCAACUUGUCUCAGCUGUUAUUAGAGUCCUAAGAGAAGUUGCCACAAUAGGAAUUUCAGUAUUCCAAAUGGUGUUGAGUUUCUUAUCAGCUCCAAUUUGUAAGCCAAUUAGCAAAUGGUCUUUGGUUUCAAGAUUAGUGAACAAGGGUGGAGAUCAAGAAAAUGUGAAUGAGAUAGAAAGUGUUGAUGCUGCAUUAAGCACCCUUCCCAAGUGUGAUCCUAAUGAAACGGAGAAGAUCCAAUUUGUAUUAAGCAAAUUGGAAAGAGUGGAAGCUCAUUUUGAAUGCAUUGAGAAUGGUCUUGACAACAUAUUUAGAUGCUUGAUUAGAUCAAGGAGCACACUACUAAAUAUUGUCUCUUGCCAAUGA